AUGGCUUCCAGCCAACCUCAGACCAACGGAGUCACCGCCCCGGCCAAUACAUCACAAACCGCGCCAAACACACAAUCCACCACAGCUGCUCCUGCUGGCGCCCCGCAAACCCCAGCUCAACCUCCCGGUGCCUCGGACCCCCGACCUCGCGAUGCGCGAUUGAUUGAACUCCUCCUCACUUCGCAAGGAGUAACAGCAUACGAACAACGCGUUCCGCUACUCCUCCUUGACUUCGCAUAUCGCUACACAUCCUCCAUCCUUAGCGACGCGUUACACCUCUCUGGCGAUCCGUACGUCACCCAAGCUGGGUCGAAACCUUCCGCGGCCUCGGGCGCAUCAGCGCUUGCGGCAGGCGAUGCGCCCAUCACAGCAAACGGUGUUAAGCUCGCUAUUGGUGCCCGUUUAGGGUACCAAUUCCGCGGAGGGAGCAGCGGAGGCGGUAUCAGCAAAGAUUACAUGCAAGAACUGGCCAGAGAACGGAACAAAGUUGCCUUGCCGAGAAUAGUCCCCAACGAAUGGGGUGUUCGACUACCGAGCGAGCGGUUUGUUCUUAGUGGUACGAGCUGGGGUCUCAAAGACAUGUGGGAUGAGGCUGGAGAUGAUGACGAGGAAGAGGAACAGGGCGGUGAGGCCACGGAAAUGAUUGAGGCACCGGAGCCGGAAGAUGUUGGUGGCGACGGAGUCGAGGGGGGCACUGUUGAUGAUGUUUUUGGAGACGAUGUCGAUGAAGAGAUGGCCGACUAA